AUGUUGUCUCAGCGGCGCAUCAGGCUUCUGCUUAUAGCUGCGGUGGUGCUGAUGGUCACGAUCUUCUACUAUUCGGUACCACUACCCUACACUGGCGACGCCGGAACAAUACAAAAUCAAAGAUUCUACCGAUCUACCGUCGCGGCGAUAGAGGCCCACAGAGAAACAAAAGAGGCUGCAUCAAAACAGGAUGUGCAGCCGCAGAAACCUGCGCCUCAAAAGCCCGUCGAGGAGAAUGUAAAACCUGUAGUGGAGGAGGCGGAUACAGUCAAGGUGGCCAUCCCCAAAGGGGCCAGUGAGGAGAUGGAAGAGAUCUCAAUUGCAGGGCGCACGAAGAUGACGGUACCAAAGAACAAGGAUCAGGACUCGUCCAAGCAAGAGCCUGCUCAGGCAUCUUCUGAGGAUGACUCAGAAGUCAAGAACGAGCUCAAUGCUAUUCUUAAAAGGUCGCCCAUCGUCAUCUUCUCCAAAUCUUACUGUCCCUAUAGCAAGCGGGCAAAGUCCAUCCUCCUCGAUAAAUAUAAUAUAGUGCCCGCGCCGCACGUGGUCGAACUCGACCAGCAUGCAAUGGGAAAACAACUUCAAUUGCUCUUGGCAAAGAACACUGGCCGACAUACUGUACCCAAUGUACUCGUCAAUGGAAAGAGCAUAGGCGGCGGUGACGAUGUGACUGCACUGGAUGAGAAGGACGAGCUUGCCUCGACGCUGAAGAGUCUGGGUGGGAAAUGGGUACAGGAGGUCGAUCGUAAGGACCAAAAUAAGCAGGCUGAGUGA